AUGUCUUCGGUGACUAAUACGCAAGUAUUGUCGCAUAGGAAUUUAUGUGGCAUUCCUUUUGACAAAGUUUUACCCGGUCAAAGGAUUCUCAAAGUUCUAGUUGUUCGUGGUUUAUCAUUAAUGAAAAGGGAUAUAUUUGGCACUACUGAUCCAUACUGCCGACUAAGUCUCUACCGCGACGUUCGUCAGACUUCUUGCCUUGGAAAUAGCGUUCGCACUCGUACAAUCAAACGAAGUCUCGACCCCGAGUGGAAUGAGGAAUUCUAUUUUCGUGUAAACCCUGAAAGUAAUCGACUGAUCUUCGAGAUUUUUGAUGAAAAUCGGAUUACUCGUGACAACUUUCUUGGCUAUGUUUCCAUCUCCCUUCCUCAAACCGAUAUUCCCGUUGACGGAGCUGAGAACCUCUCUCGUAACACGGCAAAAUCUUAUUUGCUCAAACAAAGAAGAACCCUGUCUAGCGUUCAAGGAAGGCUUGUGAUCGGUCUCUCCUACCUCCCCCAUACCGUCGAUAUUCGACAUACCCAGAUAACUGACAAUGUGCUCAAAAUGUCUUCUGCUUCUAGUCGUCUCUCCCUUCCCAGUGCAGCAUUACUCCCUCCUCCAACCAAUGCCUCAAUUAAUCCUUCUUUAUCCAUCCCUGACACAACAAACAAUCAUUCAGAAGACCCUGUUGUUGUCUCAUCAAUAGUACAACAACAAGCGCAAUCUUCAUCUCAGUUAUCGCCAGCACCUCCUUAUUCUACGAGUUCACCGCCACCAAGGCCGUCAUCACUAACUCCCCCAGAAAUGGAAUCGUCGUUGACAAUGUCAUGCUCUACUAUUACGGAUGGGGGAGUUGCAGAGAAUAGGGCUUUGCCUGAGGGGUGGGAUGAACGAAUAGACCAGAAUGGAAGAACUUAUUAUGUAGAUCAUAUUCAUAAGAGAACACAGUGGGAUCGUCCAAUGAGUGAACUUCCAGAGGGCUGGGAACGAAAAACGGACGCUUGUGGUCGGGUCUAUUACAUCGAUCAUAUCAAUCAUCGCACGACCUGGUUUAGUCCGCUAAGUCCCGAAAACGAAGGCAGAACACCGGGUAGUGAAAAUGAUGAUCCCUCCACAUACGCUAUUGCUUGUGAUGUCAGUCGAGAUGCUAUGGAUGCUCGUAGAACUCUUCGCCACGGUGUACAAACGCUUCACUAUCAAACUCGUUCCCCGUACAUGAAUACCUUAUCGCCUGAACAACAAGAGCAAGCAGCACAGACCAUGUACCUACGUAGACAUCAAGUUAGGGCAGAGGAUACCACUCCCCAAACGGAAGAUGUAAUUGAUGGCUCUCAAGAGCCAAAGGCGGACACCCAUGAUUUGGAGAAUGAAGAGCUAGAAUCUACGCAUGAAGUACGCAUUCCUACCUUAGCAUCAUCUCCUGGAGCGUCAGGUGAAGUAGUUCCUUCUUCCAGCGCACUCGAAUCAACAUCAGUAAAUUCUCAUUCAUCUCCACAAACUGAAGGACAACAGCAACAGCAAGAACAGCAGACAAUGCCUCCAGCCACUCUUGCGAUGACGGUACCUGACGGUUCUGUUUCUGGGUCUGAACAGCGUAUUUCUGUCGUAAAUCACAAUGACGACCCUCUUCCGCCGGGUUGGCAAAUGGCACUCACAGCAAAUGGACGUCCGUUCUUUAUCAACCACAAUGACCAAACUACUACGUGGAAAGAUCCACGAAAGAGGGGUGACAAUUCCCUGACCGGCAAAUCGGAGACUUCUAUAACUUCCGUUAUGGCAAAGGACGCCCAACGACACGAUAUGCCUUCUCUAGGCCCUCUUCCGCCUGGUUGGGAAGAACGGGUUCACACAAACGGUCGGAUUUUCUAUAUCAAUCAUAACGCUCGAGCAACACAAUGGGAAGAUCCCCGAUUAGAGCGUUUGGGAGGACCUGCUGUGCCAUACUCUCGAAAUUAUCGACAAAAAUACGAGUACUUCAGAUCCCGUCUGAGAGCUCCUCGUGAUUUGUCUGCCAAAUUUGAAAUUCGGGUCACUCGGACUGGAGUGUUUGAGGACUCAUUCCGUCUGAUCUAUUCUGUGAAGAAACCUGAAAUAUUGAUGCAUCGGCUUUGGAUCGAAUUCUUGGGAGAAAAGGGACUCGACUAUGGAGGUGUUCAGAGGGAGUGGUUCUUUUUGCUUUCAAGAGAAAUGUUUAAUCCAUACUAUGGGUUGUUUGAGUACUCUGCGGCCGAUAAUUAUACACUUCAAAUAAACCCUCUCUCCGGAUUGGCUAAUGAGAAUCAUCUGCGAUACUUCAAAUUCAUUGGUCGUGUCUGUGGUAUGGCUGUCUACCACGGAAAACUGGUUGACGGUUUCUUUAUUCGUCCCUUCUAUAAAAUGAUGCUAGGACGCAAGAUUGGUCUUAAGGAUAUGGAGUCAGUUGACUCGGAAUACUAUCGAAGUCUAAAGUACAUUCUUGAAUCGGAUCCACGGAGCCUUGAACUCACAUUCGCUGUAGAUGAGGAACACUUCGGUGAAACUUUCGAAGUCGAGUUGAUUCCCAACGGAAAGAACGUUCCCGUCACGAAUGCCAAUAAACGGGAUUAUAUCGAACGUAUCAUAAACUGGCGAUUUGUGUCUCGAGUGGAGCACCAAAUGUGCGCCUUUUUAGAGGGUUUCAAUGACUUAAUUCCUCUCGAAACUUUGCAGUUAUUCGAUGCGAAUGAACUCGAAUUAUUAAUGUGUGGUCUUCAGGACAUUAAUGUCCACGAUUGGAAGGCGAACACACUUUACAAGGGUGAAUACCACGCCAAUCAUCCGGUAAUUGUAAAUUUCUGGAAGACUCUCUAUACGUUCACAAACGAGUUGAGGAGUCGUCUAUUACAAUUCGUUACUGGAACAUCUCGCGUGCCAAUGAACGGAUUUGUUGAGUUGUGGGGAUCUGCGGGGCCCCAAAAAUUCACAAUUGAAAGCUGGGGCACUCCGGAUCAGCUCCCACGCGCCCAUACAUGUUUCAAUCGAUUGGAUUUACCGCCCUAUGAAACUUUUGAUGAAUUACGUUGCAAGCUGAUAAUAGCGAUCGAAAAUGCGGAAGGUUUUGAGGGUGUUGAUUAA